UAUAAAAUAUAUUGGGGGUACAUUACAGUAUGGAAUACAUAAAAACAAAAUAAUAAAUUAAUUUAAUGAUUAGUUUGGGAGAUAUAGGGGGAAAACGAAAACCGUCCCGUAUCUGUAACUCGACGAAUACGUCAAAAAAUUGUUUUUUCAACAGCAUAUUUUCUUGUUGCUUUCUCAUGAUUUAAAAUAGUGCCUGGAACAACUAUAAUUUUUGUUUUCUUUUUCUUAUCAACUCGAUUUUUUCAGAUUCUUAGAUUACUGAAAUCAGUGUAGUUGCACAAAAUGGCGACCUCGACUAAAAAGCAACAGGCGCAGACCUUAGCUUUAUUAACAAUAGAGAUAUUCAAGAGAGAAUUACACAAGAAUUUGAAAAGUUAUGAUGAAGCUUGCAGAGACAAUUUGUUGUCAUACCCAACUCGAUGGCGAGGCACAAGCAAAAUAUAUCGACAAACACGAAGAAUUUGUAGACCGUUACCAUAAAAUGGUUAUCGAUUGGAGAAAAAGAAGGCCAACUGAAGAGGAUCUACCCGAACAUUCGGAUAAUGAAGAGGAGAUUACUCAAACGACCGCAAUGGAUGCUGCACAAGCAGCAACGGCAGUUGCACAAGCGACAACGCAAGCAAUCAACACAAUCGCAUUGCAACCACAGCAAAAGAUCAUGAGCAUUGCUCAUCCGCUACCAAGAAUUGAAUUUGACCUAACAGAAGAAAAUAACGACAAGGAAAUAGAGAUUUUAAAUAGGAAAUACAACAGGCCGAGAUCGACAAAAACUGACCACUACAUCGCAAUUACGGAAUUGCCUAGGGUAGAUCGAGUAGAAGACUACAAGGCGACGAGGAAGUUGCACGACCAAGCGAUGGGUCACGCUUUGAACCUUGGCCACUUGGAAACCGCUUCUGAACAGAAUGAAGCCAUUUCAGAGAUAGUUACGCGAAAACUGCCUCUUGAAUUAGUUUCAAGAUGGCAUGGGGAAACAAGAACAUCCCGUAAAACGUUGAAAGAUCUCUUUACCUUCAUUGAUAGCGUGGCAGAAGAUUGGGAAUAUGCAUUCUCGACUAGAAAGCAACCUGGAUAACGCUUCUGCACAGAAUGAACGUGGACGUCGGAUAAGAUAAAUUUGUUCACUAUUUAUUAAACAUCUAUUUGUUCCUUUUUUCUAAUUCAAAUAAACAUAUUACAUUCAA